GACAGAGAACAUAAUCAUAUAUAAUAACUCUACCCUUUAAUCUCUUCACACAUCACCCAGAGAUUCUCCAUUAUCGAUCGAUAACCACCUUUUUAUCUCCCAUGGCCAUUUCCUUAUCUCACACAGUCCUCCCCUUCAAAAAGCUCCACCACAGCGCUUUCUCAACCCUAAAGUCUCAUGCCUUUGGAUCAACCCUCACUCUCCCCACCACCACUGUAUGCAAGGUGGCCUCGAAAUCCAGCGAAUCUCUAACCUCCACAAUCACCGAGCUCGAAAGAGAACGAGCCACAGACAGAGACGAAAUCUAUCUCGAGGACGAUAUUGAGGACGACGAAGCCAGAACUCAUGUCAACCAUCACAACACGGAGCGUCGUUUAUCCGACGUGUGGCGGGAGCUCCACGGCGAGGACGACUGGGUCGGGUUGCUGGACCCGAUGGACCCGCUCCUCCGCUCCGAGCUCAUCCGCUACGGCGAGAUGGCCCAGGCCUGCUACGACGCCUUCGACUUCGACCCGUUUUCCAAGUACUGCGGCAGCUGCCGUUUCACCCGCAGCAACUUCUACGACUCCCUCGGCAUGACCCACCACGGCUACCACGUCUCCCGCUACCUCUUCGCCACCUCAAAUAUCAACUUGCCGAAUUUCUUCAAGAAGUCGCGGUGGCCCAAAGUCUGGAGCAAGAACGCCAACUGGAUCGGGUACGUCGCCGUUUCCGACGACGAGAUGACGGAGCGUCUGGGCAGGAGGGACAUCAGCAUCGCGUGGCGGGGCACGGUGACCCGGUUGGAGUGGAUCGUGGACUUGAUGGACUUUCUAAAACCACUCUCCACGAACAAGAUCCCCUGCCCCGACCCGACUGUGAAAGCCGAAUCCGGGUUCCUGGAUCUUUACACCGACAAGGACGAGACGUGUAGGUUUUGUACUUACUCGGCCAGGGAGCAGAUUCUGACGGAGAUCAAGCGGCUGGUGGACAAGUACCCAAACGAGGAGCUGAGCAUUACGAUCACUGGGCACAGUCUCGGCAGCGCGUUGGCGAUUUUGAGCGCGUACGAUAUAGCGGAAACGGGUCUGAACGUGAAGGCGGACGGCCGGGUCGUGCCCGUGUCGGUUUUCUCGUUCUCGGGUCCUCGGGUCGGGAAUGUUCAUUUCAAGGAGAGACUCGAGUCUUUGGGUGUGAAGGUGUUGAGGGUUGUGAACGUGCAUGACGUGGUGCCUAGGAGUCCGGGCUUGUUGAUUAAUGAGCACGUGCCGCCGGUGAUGCUUAAGUUGACGGAGAACUUGCCGUGGAGCUACUCGCACGUCGGAGUCGAGCUCGAAUUAGAUCAUAAGAAUUCUCCAUUUUUGAAGCAGACUAAUGAUCCAGGCUGUGCUCAUAACUUGGAAGCUUACUUGCAUUUGCUUGACGGAUACCAUGGAAAAGGUCAUAGAUUUGUGCUGGCAAGUGGAAGAGACCCUGCACUAGUGAACAAGGCCUCUGAUUUCUUGAAGGAUCAUUACUUGGUACCGCCUUUCUGGAGGCAAGACGAGAACAAGGGGAUGGUGAGGUGCAAGGACGGACGUUGGAUUCAACCCGAAAGGCCAAAGCUUGAGGAUCAUCCCGAAGACAUUCACCACCAUCUCAAGCAAUUAGGUCUUGUUUCCGAUGAAGAAUCAGAUCGGAAACAGUGAUCUACGUUCUUGUACGUGAUGUAAAUUAUGUAUGGGGUACUAUUGCUAUAUAUAUCUAGAACAAUGAGUGCUGGAAUUUUAUGGGUCAAUCAAUUAAUGAUGGUGACUGUACGUAGCUGAUCAGUGACGGUUGCGAUUGAUUGCCCAUGUACAAAUAUAUCUAGGCCUAGCCAUUUCAUUGGACUUGUAGUGCCUCUCAUAUAUAUAACUGGCCGGUUUAUGACUCGGAAA